AUGACUUCCUCCGUCCAUUUUCGUUUCAAAAGCGCGAGGGAUUUCGAAACUCUCCCCUUCGAAGGCGAUUUUCUCAAAGUCGCAGAUCUCAAAGUCGCUAUCGUCGCCCGAAAGAAGCUCAACUUCGGAGAGGGUUUCGAUCUCGAAAUCAGCGAUGCAGAUACAAAAGAUGUAUAUCAUGACGAAAACGCCCUCGUCCAGAAGAACACUUCCGUCAUCGUCCGUCGCAUUCCGGGCCUCCGACCUGGCGGCAUCCUCUCCCAUCAGGACAUGGCCGGCAAGAACGAGCGCUACGCCGAGAAGCCGUCGGCAAACCCUACCUCAAACCAAGUAGCCACCAUCGAUCACACCACACAAGACCUUCCCAAGACAAUUGAGGGUUCGGACGAAGCGGAACGCAUCAACUCCCUCAUCAGCCAAGCUAGCAGCGCCGUCGACAAUUUCCCUUACCCUCCCUCACGUGGCCGCUUCGGUGGUAGAGGCUCUUUUCGCGGCGCUCGCGGCGGACGCGGAGGACGGGGGGGACGGGGCGGUCGCAGCUUCCAACCCCCAGGGCCCUCGGCGUUUGGAAGCAACAUGUAUCCAGACCGCGCCCCGAGGCCGAGUGCCAAUUACGUUUGCCAUCGAUGCAAUCAACCGGGGCAUUGGAUUGAUCAAUGUCCGACGAAUGGAGACCCUACCUACGAUAAGAUCAAAGUCAGAGCACCCACUGGCAUUCCACGCAGCAUGCUCCGGCACGUCGAUGCGCCGGAAUCAGGUACAGGCCUGCAGGACAGCUCGGGACAGUUUGUCACAUUGCAGCCAAAUGAGGAAGAGUUUGCUCGUCAGACUUUUGGCUUACGCAUGUCGCAAAUGGCAGCAUCCAAAGCGUCGGGAGCCCCCUUCGGUGAGGAGGCAAGUCCAGGCAAUGAGCAGACGCUCAAAGCCAACUCGGCAUCUGAUGCUCCAGAUCAAAGUCCGUCAGGGCUUGCGCCACAGCCAGCACCAGGUGAAGCUACGAAGGACAGCAGUGGUGGGUCUGAGUCCAUGCCAAAAUCACCUGGUGACUCUGUUGUAGCGAGAAAAACGGCUGUUGUUCAGGCGAAGGAAUCUGCGACGGCAAAAAUCACUGUCGCUAGCAAUGUUGACCCAAGUACGGCAAAGCUGAACGGAUUUCACCCUGUCGCUGCGUCUGGUAAUGCCCAAUAUAUAAAGAAAACUAAUGCGCAGGCUAGGCGAGGACAGAACCCCCCGCCGCCCGGAAUUCCUUUGCCAGGAAUGCCGCCAGUACCGGGUGCGCCACCAGGUUUUCCUCCUGUGGGUAUGCCUCCAUUUCCACCCGGCAUGCCACCACCGCAUAUAUUCAUGGCGGCUAUGGCUGCCGCUGCUAACGGCCAGGGCGGUAUGCCACCUCUACCACCAGGCCUGAUACCCCCAAACAUGCCGCUACCGUUUCCACCGCCAACUGGUUCGGGUGACCAAGCCAAGACCCCUGGGGAUCUGGCCACCCAACAUGGUUCUCAGCAAUUUAGGUCUACAAACCAUGGCCAAGCGGCCUCUGGUCAUACGGAUAGUGACAAGCAUGGGAGUGUAAUGGACAAGGACCCCAGAAACUCCAGUGAGAGGCCCAACGAGAAGGACAGCGGAAGCAGUGGGCCCUCUCCCAGCCCAAAUGUAUCCAAUUCGGAGGGAAUUUCUGCUGCAAAGGAGAACGUCAACGGCACGUUACCUCUGGAUGCGAGUCCUGGACGUCGACUAGAGCAUCCCAGCAGUGAAAAGAUAGAAUCUCCACGUAACUCUAAGUCUGACUCUCGUCCUCCCCGUGGCAGAUCAGACGAUAGGCAGGAGAGAGACGAGCGUAGAAAGCGUGAUUCAUACGAAAAUGACAAAGAGGACUCUUUCGAACGACGUCACACUCAGGAGUCCAGACGCCACCACCUAUCCAGCCAAAGCCCCCGCGACCGUUCUCCGUCACGCUAUCGACGAACACCUCCUCGUGAACGUCGCCACAGUCCAACCCACGGCCGAGAUCGCUAUCUGCGCGGCGAACCUCGACGCGAUGCCAUUCGAGACCUAGGAAUAUCCUCGCGAGGGAAGCGCUAUGAAGGUCGUGGAUACCGAGAGGGGCGCAGAGGACGCGAUGAACCGGCAGAACGAGAAUAUGCGAAUGGUCUCGAAGAUUCGAGACGCCGGUCUCCCGUCCAUGGCGGCAUGCCAAGAGGCUUGCGUGCCUUGAGCCCAUCCCCUUCAAGGAGACGAAGAGAUGACCGUGGCCGUUCGUCUCGUGAACCUUUUCGACGAGAUGUAUCCCCUGGCGGGCGGCAUGCAUUUUCACGUCAGCGAGACCAGUUAUUAGAUGUUACAUCAAGAGGACGUCGGGAAAGGGUUCGUUCUCCUCGGGAGAGCUGGGAAAAGCACGAGCGUCGAUACCGGUCACGAUCACCGCCCGAUGUGUCGAGGUUCGACAAGACGCAUCGUGACAGAGAGACUCGCCGCCCCCGACAUCAGCAUCGAUCCCGAGGCUCUUCUCCGUCACGGCCUCUAAAAGAUUCCGGGAGACGAAAGAUUGCUGCAGACCAUUCUAGUCAUCGCAAACCAGAGGAUGGUAAUGGGGAUGCAAUGGGAAGACAUCUUUUGCGACCGGAUGGCUCAGACAGACCUUCUAGAAACUCCAAAGCUACAAGAAGAUAG